CAAGAGGGGACUUGAACGUCUCGGCCCGCCUCGUUCUUUCUCCAUGCCGUCUUCGACCAGACCUGAACUUUCCACCACGAAGUACCUUUGUACCUGUUACACAGAACACGGCAUCGCAACCAAUUUGGAAGGAGUAUUGGGCAGACCGGUCGAGGCGAUGAGGAGAAAAUGGAAGGCACCGCGGGAGGGUGAAACCGGUCAAGACCUAGGGAAGGAGGGGUUCACUCGAGUGAUUGAUGGUUGAUUGCUCUCCUUCUCGUCGUUGCCCUCUUGCCCUGUGCUGCCAGCUUCACACCUUGAAUCUCAUUUAAUACUCACCUUGUGUUUCUUCACAGUUCGAGUUGCCCGUGGUGAUACAAAGUCCAGCCUCGUUUUCUCCCAAUCACAGCAGUUCCCAGCCGCCAGUAACGCCUACAGUCGUCGCGUAUCUUGUCAGGCAAUGUUGGAUCACCAAGUCUCACGCGCAAGUGGACCGUAGGCAUGAUACCGCAUCUGAGGUGUUGCUGGCCUGCGUCAUCUCGGCUUCAGCUACUCACAAUAUCCUCACCAAGAUGGCACCCUCGGGCAUUUCAGCGAGUCCAGACGGCCGCCUACUCCAUAAUGCCCAAAGGGAAGAAGAAAGAGAAAGCCACCGAGAGUAUGGUUGAUGUCGGUGACUCCUUUUUCACCCCAAAUUCUCAGAAAUCCGGGGACAUCCGGGUGGUCGAAGCUGCGCCGGAUGAGCCUCAAGUGGAAAGCCUAAGAGUCCGCAGAAAGGAGAUGAGGGAGCUUAGGAACCGGUACUUUUGGAAGCACUGGGUGAAAAGGCACCCAAACUACGUCUGGAAUAGGGCUCGUCGCAGAGAUCAACAAAGGUCCACAAACAACAAAGAUGGACUUCAUACGAAGACCGAUGAUGAGAAUGUCGUCAAGUAUCCCGAGACCGAAGCUGAAAGGAGGCAGGCGAGAAUCAACCUCUGGAAUACAUGGGUUAUGAACCACCCGACUUUCAAGCACAGCAGAUUCGGCCAGUUGAGAAGCAUGGGGAGAGUCAGAGGCUAUGGUCAGGCAAGUCUCAUGAGAGAUCGAGCUAUGAGGGUGGGUCGCUAUUUCAGAAGUCUAAGAGUCGGCCAAGACAACAACAGCUUUCUACGCUUUCAAAAGAUCCCAGUGAAGGACCGCUUGAUGAACAGACUCGUCCGGAAGAUCGACUUUGGAUCCGCAAAGUUCGGCCAAGCCUACUUCAGGCGCUUGAGAGUAGGCCAAACUCACAAUGACUUCCUCAAGUUCAAAAAGGUCGACUUGAGAAGGCCUCAACCAGGGCGAACCUACCUCAGAAGCCUCCGGCUUGGCAGCAACUCCAAGUUCGACAAAUUCAGAAAGAUAUUCUUCGACGCAGAUGGCAACCUCAAGGAGCGUAGGAAGAAAGAACGGAGAAGCAGCAAAGACCUGACGGAAGACCAUUGGAAGAUAAUGACCAAGAAGACACCCGAACACCUCGCCGCCGAUGAAAGGGAAGAAAAGCUGGCAAGAGGAAUUCCCGACCAUUGGACGAUUGAGCAAUGGGAGUACAUCACAAAGUUUCCCAACCACAGAACUGCUGAGGAAUGGAAGAGAAUGAGGAACUUCUCAAGCAAUCUCGGCCACAAGCGAGCUGUUGCGAAAACGGUCGAGCUUGAAACCUACCAAAUCUCCGACCUGGUGUUGGAGCUGGACGCCCACGACAAUCCCUUUGUUCGUCCGUUCAACGCAGAUGAUGCAGCCGCACAGAGAGAGCAGUGGCCGCACCUCGACCCAGAUCAGGAGCAAAUCGUGAGACGCACAAUCUCCAUUGCCGAAACUGUUGCUGAAUCCAAAGCAAAAUGGAAGUCACAGUUGAAGCCAUUCGAUAACUGCCGGAUAACUGAGCGUGAUGUUCUGUCGGUGGCAUUUCUCGGUACCGCUUCCAAUUCCUCAACACUGGAACCAGGCAUCCAUGAACCAAAUCUCGGAUUCCUCACCACGACCGACCUCCAAGAAAUAGGUAUACCCAACUCGUACUCAACCGACCCUCGCAGAGUCACUCACCUCCUACUUCACCGCAUCGAAAAAGCCCAAUACCCCAUCCAGCAAGAAGUCAACUACGACCCAUCCUCGCUCUCAGAAGCCCUGAACCAGGCCUCCUUCCACCAAGUCCGCCGCAUCAUCGCUCCCCUGCUUCACUCAGAAGAAGGCUGUUGGCUCGUCUCCCAGUGCAACGAUGUCAUCCUGGCCUCAUGCAGCAGCAAGAACGGUCACAGUGUUGAUGACGAAUACUACGUCUCCACGGUCUUUGUCUUUCUCAGAUCCAUCGCUAACCGUCUGGCAAUGGUGGAUCUGAGGUUCGAGAUUCCAGCGGACUUGUGGCCUACUAAAUAUGCCGAUUUGUUCUUUCUUGAGUGUCCGGAGCUGGUAGAAGCAGAAGCAGAUGAGGAGGACGGUAGAAGUGCUGAACAGCUUGAGGAAAAAGAAGAUGUAGUAGAAGAAGGAGGAGAAGCCUCAGAGAAGAACGCGGAUUAGGUGUCCGUUCAUGAUGAUGAGCUUCCCUUGCGGUCGGGAGAAGGGUCGUCGAGCUAGGUUUGAGGAGAGACUGGGUCGGCUUUGUGUUUUUGUCUACGACAGGCUGGAUUAGGUGUUUGUGUUGUCAGCGUCAGUAUUGUCAGUAUUGUCAGCAUUGUGUCAAAGUAGCCUUUCUGCAGUAACGUCAGCCAAAGUGUACUGCCUUAGUUCAAACUUAUUCAUUUUACUACGUAGUGCC